AUGGAGGAGAGCGAUCCGCUAUAUGACGAAUGUUUAAAGCUCUUAUCAGAGACCAGCGUGGCGGAGGAUGAACGGGUAGAACAAGUCGAGCAGCUAGUGCGUGAAAAGUAUGGCAAUACAAUGGAAAAUUCAGAGCUAGAAAGGCUUGUGCUGGAUUUGUUAUGGGAACAUUUCGAAGGGGUCAAGCGGGUGAGAAAGGCUAAAAUCAUUGACAAGACGUCCACAAAGCCCAUCAAACUACCUGAAGCAGCCUACAAGGCUGAGGCUCGUGCUAAGCUUGGCCAAUCCAAGAAAAAAUGGGUUCCGCUCAGGGAGAUUGAUCUCCCUGAAGAACCCUCCUCGAUGGAAAAUAAAACCCCCUAUGAUAUGCUUCGAGAUAUUCUGGGUAGAGAUACCAGCGACGAAGAUAUCGAGCGGGUCUUGUCUCACAACGAAUUUGACAUUGGCAGAACCAUCGAUAUGCUCUUGAAGACAAUGCGCAGUCGAUCGACGAACCAGACGGAGCAAGAAAACAAGCAAAGACUGUUGACGCGAGAUCAAACUGCUGAGCGGGUCGUGUGCAGAUACUACCUACAAAGUGGAUCCUGCCUACGCGGGACAGAUUGCAUGUAUAGCCACGAUCUCUCUCAGCGAAUAUGCAGGUUCUGGUUACAAGGUAGAUGCAUUGCUGGAAAUGAUUGUCAGUUUCUACAUGAAAUACCCCAGGAGGUUAUUGACAAGCUCAAUACAGCAGUUGGUGGGCAAGCAGUCGUGAAGCAGGCGGCUCCUGAUAUCAAGGCAUUGCCUAAACUAGGCAGCCAAAAACCGGCCAAAAAACAGACAGUUGCACCAUCAACACCAGUCACACCUAUCAAGCCUAACUUAGAGACUCUGCCACUGCUUGGUACCAGUUUACCGACACAGCUGAAUCGAGGCUUGAUCCCGAUCAGAGCACCAAUGCAUACGCCAUGGAAAGAGCCCGAGUUCCUGGAGAACCAGAAAUAUGUUGAUUUUCGAGUCUCCGCACGCAAAUGGGCUGAUCUCCGGAACAAGUACCUGCAGUUGGCAACAAACAGCUGGAGCGAGAACGACCCAGCAACGGCCAAGCAUAUGUCUAAAAAGGGCCAAGAGUUCAACAAGCUGAUGCUCGACGACUAUGAAAAUGCCCGCCAAGUGCUUCUAGAACAACGAGCGAAACCGUCAAGCGAGGUCUAUGUUGAUUUGCAUGGAUUGGACCUUGAAGAUGCUAUUGAGUUUUUAGAACAACAGCUUGAGACACUGAAUGCCGAAACCCGCCACAAUCCACGAGUCGUUUAUAUUAUAUGCGGUCGCGGUCACUACAAACUCAAACGAUACCUCGAUCACAUGAGCCAGCAAGUCACCAUGUAUCUUGAUCGUAAAGGCUAUCUUCAUAAAAACUUUGGUGACAAUGCUCUAUUUGGACGUGUGAUAGGCGUAGAUCCCUAUAGUGCGUUAGCAUAG